AAAACAGAAACACGGGAAAAUGAGUAGAAGACGCCUUCAGCUACACUAUUCAUCUUCUGAGGAAGACGACCAAGGAGGGCACAGAGGAGGAGGAGGAGGAGCGAAAGAGAACCGAGGUCUGGCAGAACCUACCAUCGUUUCUUCUACUACCUCUUCUUACUCUCCAAACCCUAACACUGGCCACGGCACUGGCACUAACCCUAACUCGGCCUCGGCCUCUGCUGUUCUUUCUGAAAACAUUCCCUUGGAUAUUUCCGACGAUGAUUUCUUCGACGCGCCUGAACGUCAAGAUAUUCCUACUCCUCCUCCGCAUUCCGGGCAAGAAGACUGCCGUGACUCUUCCGUGGAUGCAUUCCUUCGCGGUCUAGGGCUGAGUCUACGCAGGGAAUGGUUGGUUUCGUGCAUUGCUGGUCUUCAGAGCUCUCUUCCUGGUUUCUCCGGUCUCGAUGUACCCACCAAAGCUAAACUCUGUUUCGAACAGUUCCUCGUAUCAGACAUGAAUUACUCCGGAGGCGGUGUUCUCCCUCAUGAUGUGCAUACUAUGCAUCUUGUUGAUUUGGGUGGGCCUUUCGUCUUGCAGGUUGAUGAAAUUGUUAAUAUCAGUUGUCCUCUUCGGAAUAGGUAUCAGAAUGCAGCUUCCGGGAUUAAAAGGUGCCUUAAAUUAUCCAUGACAGACGGUGUGCAACGUGUAUUUGGCAUGGAAUACAGGCCCAUUAAGGAUCUUGAAGUUCUAGCUCCUGCUGGUUUGAAGGUUGCUAUUCGUAAUGCAAAUGUACGGCGUGGACUUCUAAUGCUGGUCCCUGAAGUUUUGGAGGUUCUAGGGGGACUGGUCGAAGAUUUGGAUGCUGCGUGCCAGAGGCUUGUCCAUGAAGUAAAUAAGCCACCAAGGGGAAAAAGAACACGGACUGGAGUUGUUCCUUCUUUGGUAACUAGAGCUACUCUUGCAGCUUGGCCUUCCAAUAAUGAUAACAAUCAAGGGCAUUCUGACAAUUCAGCAUCAGUGGGUGCAACUCGCUCACAGAGAUUGGAUGAGGCUGCAGGCUCUGUUUCAGCUGUGCCUGGCAGUGCUGCCAGUGAAAUGGCUAUGGAAGAGGUUGCUCCCACGCAUGCUCCAAAUGCUGAAGCUAAUAUGUCCUCCGAUACCCUUUUGGAUGUUGAAGAUAUCAAUAUGAUUGAGGAAGUUGAACAUCCACUCAUAUUAACUGGUGACAAUGAGAUCCCUUUUAUGUACUUGUCUAGUUUAUUGGCAAAGUGGGCUGCGAAGGAGGAUGGUACACCUUUCGUUCAAGGAAUAAUUAAGUGUUUCUUGACUGGCGUGAAGCGUUUCCAAUUUAAACAGAGGGCUACCUUUGAGCUUCUGAUCUAUGUUGAAGAUGGUAGUCUCAUUUCUGAGAUCCUCAUUGAUCACAACGUUGUACAAAAAGGAAUUGGUUAUUCUCCUGAGGAGGUUACAGCUGCUCUUUCUUCUUCAGAUACUAAAAGAGUUAGUGAUAUGAAGGAAUGCAUGAAGCAGUUCCAGACUUUUUUAACAAAUUUUGAGGGUACAAUGCUCGUAGAAAUAAACAGUAACUCUCCUCUCCCAGUUGCCCUUGAGAUGAAUCAGGGAUGUUCAACAUCUGAUGCGUGGUUCCUUCUAAGAAGACUCAAGUCCUCUACACCUGCUGAAACACCACAGCACCCACAUUCUGAUCCCAUUAUUUUAUCCCCUUGAAUGAAAACACAUACUGCAGUUGGAAUCUGCAACAUAAGAGGAAAAGCCAUGGUAGCACCAUUGAUCAUUGAGGUUCUCUUUGAAUGGAUCCUGAGAAGACUUUCAUGAGAAAAUCAGGAGCAAGAGUGCAUGGACCUUUCAGUAUCCUGUGUUAUCGCCGAAAGUGAAGAUACAUUGAUAGAGAUGGACUCAAGUAACAUCAUCCACCAAGGUUUCAAAAAAUGAGGAUUGGUUUGGAUGGAUUGCUCUGUUUUGGGAUGGUGGUCGGGAUCGGCAAUCACCCAUCUGGCUGAUACUUCAUCUCUCUCAGAGAUCAGCUCAUAUCAGGCCAGAUUAGUGGCCACAGAUGUGGUCUCCCAUUUUUUUAAAUCCUUAUAAUCAACUGUUUAUGUUCAGUCAGCGUUUGAUGUUGCUCUAUAAAAAAGUAAUUAUUCUAUGAUGGUGGAAGUUGAUUUUCCUCGCAGCAGUACAUCAAAACAAACGUGACAUGACCAUAUCUGAGGAAGGUGAGAAUGCAAAGUUUCAGUUAGCAGGAAAAUGGCGACACCCUAUUGAUUUGUUGAGUUCUUAAUUGAGAUGAUAUGUUAUAUUUUGCUACAUUAAAAUCUGCUUCACUAAGCUCGCUUACAAAGAGUCCUUACUCCACCCAGGAGAUUGUAAUCUUUGAAAUUACAAAGCCUAAACUGAAUUGCCAGUGUUCUCUCUCAAGUUUCUCCAAUAUCUGUGAUGUGCCAUUGUUAAUUAAGAUUGAAUACUAGUUUGCAUUUACCUAUUGGUUUUCAUUUUUCA